UUUCCACAACCACCUCAGAUCUUUCUUCACUCUCAAGUUUCUUCUCUCAACCCUAGGCGGUGGUGAAGUGGUAGUUGCAACGUAAUCGGCAGCGUGUGCGUCGGAUUUCUACAGUUAGUGAGGUGAGAAUUCGCGGUGAUGAAGAUUCAGUGCAACGUGUGCGAGGCGGCGGAGGCCAACGUGCUGUGCUGCGCCGACGAAGCGGCGCUCUGCUGGGCCUGCGACGAGAAGGUUCACGCGGCGAACAAGCUCGCGAGCAAGCACCAGAGGGUUCCUCUCUCCACCUCGUCUUCUCAGAUGCCCAAGUGCGACAUCUGCCAGGAGACAGUUGGCUAUUUCUUCUGCCUAGAAGACAGAGCUUUACUCUGCAGGAAAUGUGAUGUUUCCAUACACACAGCGAAUACAUAUGUUUCAGCUCACCAGAGGUUUCUGCUGACUGGAGUGAAAGUAGGGCUUGAACCUACACAACCCGGUUUAUCCUCUUCCAUGGGGAAAUCAAAUCUUGUUGGGAAGCACUCAGAAACUGAAUCUCCUUCUGCGUCCAGGAGAGGUACCCCUAUGCCAUUGACCUGUGAUUACAACAAAACGUUAUCCAUCCAAGCUGGUGGAGCUGGGGAUUUUGUGCCAACUAAGGUUUCAUUUGCUGGGGGUUCUGGAUCAACUGAAAGUAUUCCACAGUGGCAUAUAGAUGAACUUUUUGGACUAAAUGAAUUCAAUCAGACCUAUGGCUGCAUGGAUAAUGGAACAUCCAAGGUCAGGUGCCAGAGACAACUUGGAUGGUGCCUCAGAUCUCGUCACCACCUACAGCCUCAGGACUAUACUGGCCUAAAAGUUCUCAAAUUUCAUCCGAUACUUCUGUUUUUGUGCCUGACAUAUGCUAUUCACCUGUGCAAAUGCAAAAUGAAUCUGCCACCAAACGUCGGAGGCAAUUCUGAUCUCAUCUUCUCUUCUCGCAGCAGGGAUGGUGUGCGCCAUGUUUUUAUGUUCGUCCUCUUUCCAGAGUACAAGGGGGUUGAUUUCUUGGUUUGUGGUUGUCCUCUGUGAUUAUAUCCCCCUCAUUCACGCCAGUCCUACAUAAAAAAUGAGGGGGUUAGAAUAUAAGGGUACAAUAGCUUAAAGAUUUAACCAAACGAUCAACUUGUAGUCUGAAAAGGAGAAAGUAGAUGUAUUUUUUUGGGAAUCUUGAAAGCUGUGUUCGCUUGGUAGCUUCUUAUUUUUGAGUCUCCUUCUAUGUAGGAGCAGGGCUUUGAUUUACUUAGAUAUAAUGCUAUGGAUUCGAUCAUUUUGGAUCUUAUUAGCUGUCUUUGUGUAUAUCAUGUAUCUGAGCAGACAAGGGGACUGGUUUCUAUCCAUGGUCGUAAGUGGAUGGAUGAUGCAUGCUGAGGUUUGAUCAGAGUUACCCAAAUUGGUAGUAAUCAAAUUUCAGUAUUUCCAUUAUGCAAA